GUUGAAUCGAAACAAAGCAAACGAGUGUUUAGCUAUGUAUUCUUCAGACGAAGAGCAAUCUUCCGUAGUCGAGAGCAACGAGUAUUCCGAUUCUGCUGAUGAAGAGGUAUCAAUUCCGGAAGAAGAAUGGGUUAGAGAGGAGGAAGAAUUAGAUCAAAGUAUAGCAGCUGCAGGGGAUAUUGUCAAUAACUCUGUUGCAUUAAAUGAACAAUAUGAUGAAGCAAUUCUGUCAAUCCGUGAAAUGAUGCAGGAAGAAAAGUAUUCGGAAGCUCGCGGCAUGUGUUUGAAUUUAUUAAGCGGAGAUUUAAAAUACCGGUGUGUGAAUGCAGAGUUCUGGAAGUUAUAUGCAAAUGCUGAAAAGGAACGAAUAGUGGCCCUUCCUGAUAUAUAG